ACACGCGCUUCAACUUCGGUUGGUGUGUGUCGAAGAAACCUGGAGAAACCUGACUGCGACCUCGAGAGAACGGCGGCGAGAGUCCACCGAGCCUCGCGGAAGGUCCGCUGAGCGGGCUCGCAUCCGGAGCCACUCCGGAUUGCGGAGCACCCAGCGGAGCCGCGCUUGGCUCUGGUGUGGGACGCCACCUUCCCGGCUUCGCAGAGGGGUCCUCGUGUGGUGAGUAUGCGGAAUAAGCGGCUUUUGAAAACAAAAAGAAGAAAGGGUGGAAGAAGUGGCCAGGAUCCAGGCCCCCAACCCCCCAGCAGUGAAGCUACACCUGGGAGGUCUCCUCCCACCCCAACCCUCAACCUGGGGCCCGACUGCCCACCUCCUCCUCCUCCUCCUCCUCCCAACCACCCCUCCUCCUCCUGCUGCAAACACAAGGACAAGUGCAAGGCCAGCGGGUCAGUGCGGAAGAGGGAAGAGCUCACCGAGGAAAUCAACAAUUUGAGAGAAAAAGUCAUGAAGCAAUCCGAGGAGAACAACAACCUGCAGGACCAGGUCCAGAAGCUCACCGAGGAGAACAGCUCCCUGCGCGAGCAGGUGGAGCCCGAGCCUGAGGCGGCCGGGGCGAUGGCUGGCGCGGCGGCUGCUGCGCCGACCCCUGCGCAGACCCCUGCGCUGACCGCUGUGCCUGCUCCUGCACGUGCUCCUGCGGUGGAAGAGGAGGAAGACAUCGAGAUGUGCGGGGCUGCGGCGGCUGCCGCCCCCCCACCUCCUCCCCCCGAGGAAGAGUGCCCCGAUGACCUACCCGAGAAAUUUGACGGCAACCCUGACAUGUUGGCUCCUUUCAUGGCCCAGUGCCAGAUCUUCAUGGAGAGAAGCACCAGAGAUUUCUCCCUGGACCGCGUCCGCGUCUGCUUCGUGACCAGCAUGAUGACCGGCCGGGCGGCGCGCUGGGCCUCCGCCAAGCUGGAGCAGGCCAACUACCUGAUGCACAACUACCCCGCCUUCAUGAUCGAGAUGAAGCACGUCUUUGAAGACCCGCAGAGGCGAGAGGCCGCCAAGCGCAAGAUCCGACGCCUGCGCCAGGGGAUGGGGUCCGUCAUCGACUAUUCCAACGCUUUCCAGAUGAUUGCGCAGGACCUGGAUUGGAACGAGCCAGCGCUGAUUGACCAGUACCACGAGGGCCUCAGCGACCACAUUCAAGAGGAGCUCGCCCACGUGGAGGUUGCCAAGUCCCUGUCAGGACUGAUCAGCCAGUGCAUUCACAUCGAGAGAAGGCUGGUCAGGGCGGCCGCCGCCGCUGCCCGCAAGCCACGCUCCCCGCCGCGAGCGCUGACGGUGCACCACCAUUCCGGCCACCACCAGGUGGAUCCCACCGAGCCUGUAGGGGGCGCCCGCAUGCGCCUGACCCAGGAAGAGAAAGAGCGGCGCCGAAAGCUGAACCUCUGCCUCUACUGUGGCACCGCCGGUCACUACGCCGACAGUUGUCCUGCCAAGGCCUCCAAGGCCUCGCCGGCGGGAAACUCCCAGGCCCCGCUGUAGAGGGACCGUCAGCGGCCGGGCCAGAAAGAAUGAGGUCCCCAAGAGAUGAAAUUUCAACCCCACACUUGCAAGUGAUGCUCCAGAUCCAUCUUCCGGGCCGACACACCCUGUUCGUCCGAGCCAUGAUCGAUUCUGGUGCUUCUGGCAACUUCAUUGAUCACGAGUACGUUGCUCAAAAUGGAAUUCCUCUGAGAGUCAAGGAUUGGCCAAUCCUUGUAGAAGCGAUUGAUGGACGCCCCAUAGCCUCGGGUCCCGUAGUCCAUGAAACCCACGACCUGAUCGUUGACCUGGGAGAUCACCGGGAGGUGCUGUCAUUUGAUGUGACGCAGUCGCCAUUCUUCCCUGUCGUCCUGGGAGUUCGCUGGCUGAGUACACACGACCCUCACAUUACGUGGAGCACCCACUCGAUCGUCUUUGGUUCUGAAUAUUGCCGAUACCACUGCCGGAUGUAUGCCCCACUCCCACCGUCGCCCCCACCGGUACCACACCACUCAAUUUACUACCCGGUGGAGGGAUACAGAGUUUACCCAGCAGUGAGAUAUUAUUUUGUCCAGAAUGUAUACACUCCAGUUGAUGAGAAUGUUUACCCAGACAACCACGUGGCCGACGGCAGUGUCGACAUGAUACCUGGAGCACACAGCAUUCCAAGUGGGCAUAUUUACUCACUGUCUGAACCUGAGAUGGCUGCUCUUCGAGAUUUUGUGGCAAGAAAUGUGAAAGAUGGGCUGAUUACUCCAACCAUCGCACCAAAUGGAGCCCAAGUUCUCCAAGUGAAGAGAGGAUGGAAGCUGCAAGUUUCUUAUGACUGCCGAGCUCCUAACAAUUUCACUAUCCAGAACCAGUAUCCUCGACUGUCUGUCCCAAAUUUAGAUGACCAAGCUCACCUGGCAUCAUAUGUUGAAUGUGUCCCACAGGUACCCGCAUACCACCCAUACCACGCCUAUGCGGCCUACCCGACCUACCCAGUAGGGUUCGCUUGGUAUCCAGUGGGAAGAGAUGGGCAUGGGCGAUCACUCUAUGUCCCUGUUAUGAUCACUUGGAAUCCGCAUUGGUAUCGCCAGCCUCCGGUACCUCAGUAUCCGCCGCCUCCGCCGCCCCCCCCUCCGCCGCCACCGCCUCCGCCACCAUCUUACAAUGCUAUGUAAAUAAAUAAAUACUUGUCAUGUCCUUCAGGAGCUCCUCCCUCAAAAUUGACUCCUGUUCAGCUUCUCAAAUCACUAAUUGUGUGCAAACAUGGACUACUGUACCUUUAGGCCAGACGUAAGCAACACCCACUCUGAAAUGGCUGCUGCAAAAGGUCCAGUCCACUGAGGCUAGCACACACCCUAAAGCACCAAAAGACCUUCACCGGUUUCUGCGAGUGACAGAACAUUUACCAACAACUCUCAGUUUUCCACCUUGACUGCCAAGCUCACUAAAAUACUUCCGAAAAGUUUACUUUCCAGGGAAUCCUGGAAGCCAGCCUGGGAUUUUACUUGCUAAAACCUCAUUGUCACCAUCUGAAUUGCAGGCAACCAGAUUCCCUGCUGAUUAUUUACAGAGAAGCUGAUGCAAACAUAGGAGAUGCUGUUUUCUUUAUGGAGGGGGAGGAAAAGAGGAGGAGGGACAUGACUUUUCUUGCAGGUUGGGGCCUCUCCAUACACUUAAGGAGGACCAACGCCUUAUUGAGGAAGCCACAAUUAUUGGUGCAGUAUGAAACGGCUUCUGUGAUCUUCUUGCUGCACCCUUACUUAGAAACUUCACCAUCUUCAAACUCCGCUUUCAUGGUUCCGUUAAUUCUCAAGGAGCAGCAAUUGGACCAGUUCUCCCAGGAGCAGGCAAAACCCUGCAACAGUACGUAACACCUCAGGCCUGAGAAGGAAGUGCCCUCUCAGACGGGACUCUUGCAUGAUAAGAGUAUGCCUUUACACCCUGGUGCAAAUCCCAAGUACCCGAGUACUGUGGCUUCAUCACCACGCCUUGCCAUCAUCAUGCCAGUCAUGGCACCCACAAGACAUUAGACUUGGUAGCUUCAGAUGUGUUAGAUGUGUGUGAAAUAUUGUGACCACCUUUCCAUCA